GGAAGCAGGUGUUUAUUUUGGUCACCAAGCUAGAAAAUGGAAUCCAAAAAUGGCACCUUCUAUUUUUACAAAAAUGAAUCAUACAAGCAGAAUGCCUUUAUUACAGGGAAGCAGAGAAGCUAUGAGAGGAGAACGAAUUGAAGCCUCUCCAAGCCAAUCUGGGACUCAUGAUUGGGUCCCGGGCAUCGUCGCACGACGUUGCGAUUGGUCGGAACACACGUGCGUGUUUGAGUACGCCUCCAAACAUAAAUCGGCAUCUAAUCGGCAUCUUAUGGGCAUCAUCCUGGUUUUGAGACCUCCUCCUUGCACGUCGGAAUCUGACUCGCCAUGACUUGGAAUCUCAGUCGGCGCGACG